UUUGGCUUCUCUCUCUUCUCCUCGUUCGUAACGAUUUGAACUUGUUAGGGUUCGUUGUGGUGUUCUUGUUUGCUGUUUUGGGUGUGUAAUAAGAUACAUCUUCAACUAUAUCUGAAAGGUAUUCGAGUUGAACAGGGGUUUUUGAUUAGUGUUUAGUAUUAUGGAUAGGAUUAGUAAUUUGUCGGAUGAUUUGCUCUUGAAGAUUUUGUCAGAACUUCCUACCAAAGAUGUAGUCGCAACGAUGCUUUUGUCGAAGCGUUGGAAGCUUCUUUGGACGAUGGUUACAAAGCUUGAUUUUGAUGAUAGUGUAAAGGAAUACAUCGGCAAGAAUGCUGUUCCUUACAGGAAAUUUCAAGAAUAUAUUGACAGGUUUUUGGUAUCGCAUAAGUCUCCGGUUCUUGAAACUUCGAAGUUCAACCUUGGAUGUUGCUUGCCCAACACUGAUGACAUGUCAACAUGGAUUAGAUUUGCAAUUGCUCGCCGUGUGCGCAAACUUGAAGUUAACCGGUGUCUUGAAGUCCGUUUCAUGUCAAUCAUAGUGCCAAUGUGUUUGUAUACAUUCGAAAAGCUUGUGGCUUUGAAACUUUGUGGAUCGAUACUUUUGUUUGUUGAUCAGAAGGAUCAGGUUUGUCUUUCGUCUCUGAAAUCAUUACAUCUCUUGAGGGUGCAGCACGUAUACAAAACUUAUCUUGACAGGCUUUUAGCGGGUUGUCCCGUUCUUGAAGAGUUGGUUCUUGACAUACGUAAACUCCACCCUGUACCAUCUUUACAUGUCAUUAUGCCUACCUUACAAAGAUUAUCUAUCCUGAAAAAGCAUCACGAACAAGACUCUGUUGAGUACACAAACGUUUUAAACAGAAAAAUUGUGAUUAAUGUUCCGUCUUUGAAGUACUUGAACUAUGAAGAUACAUAUGACUAUGGUCAUUCGUGUUCGAGUGAGAAUAUGACUUAGUUGGUUGAGGCUAAUGUAAAGCUUGUUUGCGAACGUCCUGAGAAGCUAAUGAGAUCUCUCACAUCAGUCAAGCGCCUCUCUUUAUGUUUAUACGGGUCAAUGCUUCAGCAUCGUAUUGACUUUUGUCAGCUUGUUCACCUAGAGCUAUGUGGAGGUGGCCCAAAAUGGUGGAAUUUACUUAAUUGGAUGCUCAAAAGUUCUCCUAAAUUACAAGUUCUCAAGCUC